UCCGGAGGGUCGGAAAUAAUAUGGGGGAGCGUCCAAUCAAUGCGAGACUCAAGAUUGAGUCACGAUAAAGAGACGUCCGAUAUCGCGAGGCAGGAGGACGCUGCGAGCGAUGUCAGGAGCACUGCGCCUGGACACGGCGCUGUGGUUACGGCGCUCUAGAAGGCCGUGUGGCGGCUCAGGCCGUCUGCCCCCUUAUGAGCCUUUGAGUCAUUGGUCGCGAACCUUCCACCACAAAAGCCGCCCCGCCCCGCCGUUACUUAGCACUGUACUCGAGAACUUUCGAGUAACCACCGCGUUUUCAACCGCCAACCCCUUGCGCUGCUACCCCGCGUUGAUCGGUUUGCGGCUACCGAUCCCAUUAAUCUCCAGGAACGGUUAUCGACUUUAUUCUCGAUCCUCCACGCUGCCGACCAUGGCCGACGUCAGGUGGACAGGGCCCCUCGUCCGCAAGACCUUCCUGGACUUCUUUGCAGAGAAGGGGCACACGAUCGUGCCCUCGUCGUCUGUGGUCCCUCACAAUGACCCCACCUUGCUCUUCACGAACGCGGGCAUGAACCAGUUCAAGCCCGUGUUCCUCGGGACAAUUGGCAAGACUGAGCCCAUUGCCCAGCUGAAGCGCGCGGUGGACACACAAAAGUGCAUCCGUGCUGGUGGCAAACACAAUGACCUCGACGAUGUCGGCAAGGACAGCUACCAUCACACGUUCUUCGAAAUGCUGGGGAACUGGUCCUUCGGCGACUAUUUCAAAAAGGAAGCGAUUGAAUGGUCGUGGGAACUUUUGACCAAGGUCUAUGGGCUGGACCCCAACCGUCUCUACGUCACAUACUUCGAGGGCAACCCCGACUUGAACCUCGAGCCGGAUCUCGAGGCCAAGCAGCUGUGGCUCCAGGUGGGAGUCCCGGAGGACCAUAUCCUGCCGGGCAACAUGAAGGACAACUUUUGGGAGAUGGGCGACCAAGGGCCGUGCGGACCCUGCAGCGAGAUCCACUACGACAAGCUGGGUGGGCGAAACGCGGCGCACCUGGUGAACCAGGAUGACCCCUUGGUGGUCGAGAUUUGGAACAACGUCUUCAUGCAGUUCGAUCGCCAGAAGGACAAGACGCUCAAGCCCCUACCUGCGAAGCACAUCGACACCGGCAUGGGCUUUGAGCGGUUGGUUUCUGCGCUCCAAGACAAGUUGUCCAACUACGCGACCGAUAUCUUCACCCCGUUGUUUGCGAGGAUACAGGAAGUGACGGGAGCGCGGCCGUACUCUGACAAGUACGGGAAGGACGAUGUCGAUGGAAUUGAUACUGCCUAUCGUGUCGCCGCCGAUCACAUUCGUCUGCUCGCGUUCGCCAUUGCUGAUGGGGCUGCGCCAAACAACAUCGGACGAGGUUAUGUUGUCAGACGUGUCCUCCGGCGAGGCGUGCGGUACGCCCGGAAGUACUUCCAUGCCGAGAUUGGCUCCUUCUUCUCCAGCAUCCUGCCGGCACUCGUAGAGCAGAUGGGCGACCAAUUCCCCGAGCUCAAGAAGAAGCAGAAUGAUAUCAAGGAGAUUCUUGACGAGGAGGAAGUGGCUUUCGCCGUCACUCUGGAUCGGGGCGAGAAGCAGUUCGAAAAGUACGCCUCGCUUGCGGUCAAGGCUGGCAACAACAAGCUCUCCGGGGCGGAUGUGUGGCGGCUUUAUGACACAUUCGGGUUCCCUGAGGACCUUACGAAGCUCAUGGCCGAGGAGCGUGGUCUGACCAUUGAUGAGGCCGAGGUGGAGGUUGCUCGGGAGAAGGCCAGAGAGGCGAGCAAGGCUGUCAAGGAGGCCGUCCAGACGUUCCCGAAGCUCAACGUGCACCAAAUCGCCGAGCUGGAGAACACCAUCAAGCUUCCUCGGCCGGACUCGGAAGCCAAGUACCAAAAAGGUGACACCAAGGGUAAGGUGCAGCUGAUCUUUACGGGCAACGAGUUCCGCACGACCAGCAAGGAGCUGCCGCCGAAGACGCCUCUAGGCGUGCUGCUCGACAAGACCAACUUCUAUGCCGAGUCGGGUGGUCAGGUCGCGGACACCGGCCGGAUCCUUAUCGACGGCGUUGCCGAGUUCAAGGUUCUCGAUGUUCAAGAGUAUGGCGGCUAUAUUGUGCACAACGGCUACCUCGAGUACGGAGAGCUCACCGCCGGCGACGAGGUGAUCUGCGAGUACGACGAACUGCGGCGCCAGCCCAUCCGGAACAACCACACUGGAACGCACAUCCUUAACCACGCGCUGAGGGAGGUGCUUGGCGACGAGGUACACCAGAAGGGGUCACUGGUCGACCAGGACAAGCUGCGCUUCGACUUCAGCCACAAGAGCCAGGUCAGCUUGGAAGAGAUCAAGAAGAUUGAGGACAUGUCGAAUGAGGACAUUCGGAAAAACCUCAAGACCUAUUACAAGGAUGUCGACCUGGAUUUGGCGCGCCAGAUCGAGGGGGUGCGUGCCGUCUUCGGCGAGACGUACCCCAACCCGGUGCGCGUCGUGUCCAUCGGCGUCGACGUCGACGAGCUUCUCAAGAACCCGAAAAACCCCGAAUGGCGUAAGAUCAGCGUCGAGUUCUGCGGUGGCACCCACGUCGACGCCACCGGUAUCAUCAAGGACCUGAUCAUCAUCGAGGAGAGCGGCAUUGCCAAGGGCAUCCGACGCAUUGUCGCCUACACAGGAGAUGGCGCCCACCAGGCCCAGCGCGACGCCAAGGUGUUCAGCGAGAAGCUCGACCACAUCGAGGCGCUCGACUUCGGCCCCCAGAAGGCUGCCGAGAUCAAGGCCGCCGCAGUAGAGCUUGACGCGCUCGCCAUCUCCGCUCUGACCAAAGAGGAGCUGCGGCAGCGGUUCGCCAAGAUCCAGAAGGAGGUCGUCGACGAGCAGAAGAAGCGGCAGAAGGCCGAGAGCAAGACGGCCCUAGAUACGGUGCAGGGCCACUUCAGCAAGGAGGAGAACAAGGACGCCAAGUUCUUCGUCGGCCACCUCCCCAUCUCAGCCAACGCCAAGGCCAUCGCGGACGUCAUAACCUACUACAAGUCCAAGGAUAAGGAGCGGACGGUCUACGUCUUUGCGGGCAGCAAGGACGAUGCUGUUAUGCACGGCGUCUACGUCGGGACGCAUCUUUCGUCCAAGGGCAUCACGGCUGAGCAGUGGACCGCCGCCGUCACCGAGGUCAUUGGCGGCAAGACGGGCGGCAAGGAGCCCAGCCGGCAGGGCGCUGGCGCUGAGCCUGCCAAGCUCGACGAGGCCGUUGCCAAGGCGGAGCAGUGGCUGGUCGAGAAGAUGAAGGAGCUUGGUAUCUGAGUCGGAUGGCACGGCGGGAAAUUAGGGGGGAGAUAUAGUCUGGUAGCAGGUUUGAUCCGGCGGGAAAGGAAAAUAAAUGGGUAAAGUUGAAGGCAUAUGGGGGGCGUAUUCUUGAGUUCUCGGAUGUGUUAAAUGACUUCCCGUUUCUCGGGCUUGCCGAAUCAGCUGAAUGAAUGCACCCA